AUGGCAUCUAGGGACUCGGCAAUAGGAAUGACUUUUCUGACUCAGACAGUCACUGGGAUCCUAGCUAAUGUUGUCCUUCUUUUCCAUUAUCUCUCUCUCUGCUUCACUGGAUACAAGUUAAGGCCAACAGAUCUAAUAGCUGAGCACUUGACUAUAGCAAACACGGUGAUCAUGCUGUCUAAGAGAGUCUCACAGACAGUGCAAUCAUUUGGGAUAAAGUAUUUCGCUCAGGGUAUUAGAUGCCUGCUUCCUUUGUGUGUCUACAGAGUGGCCAGAGCUGUGUCAGUCAGUACAACCUGCCUCCUGAGCGUCUUUCAGACCGUGAAGAUCAGCCCCAUGAGCUCCAGCCGGAAGCAGCUUAAAGCUAACCUUCCCAAGCACAUUGGCUUGUCUAUUUUCCUCAGUUGGAGGCUCAAUAUGUUGGUAAAUUGUUUUUUUCCCUUUUAUAGCAUCAACAAAUAUAGCAGCAAAAACAUCACAAAGGAAAAAAAAGGAUUCUGUUCUGCUGUCUUUAGAGACAAAAUCGUAGAUGUAUUGUAUACAACAUUAGUGUUAUUCCCUGAAGUUUCAUGCUCUGGACUCAUGAUCUGGUCCAGCGGCUCCAUGAUUUUCAUCCUGCACAGGCACAAGCAGCAGGUCCAACACAUCCGAAGCACAACUGUUUCCCAUAAAUCAUCCCCUGAGUCCAGGGCCACCCAAAGUGUCCUUGUCCUUGUGUGCAGCUUUGUGUGUUUUUACACCCUCUCCUCCUUCUUUUAUGCUUAUCUUGCACAUUUCAAUAUUCCUAAUAGUUGGCUCAUGAACACCUCUGAUCUGAUUUCCACCUGCUUCCCUGCUGUCAGCCCUUUCAUUCUAAUGAGCUGCAACUCCACUGCGUCCAGACUCUGGUUCAAAUUGUUAAAUGUUUUCAGAAGCAUAUAA